CUGCUGUUUCUCUCGUUGUUUACGAUCAUUUGUCAAACGCUUGCUAAACCAUCGCAGAAUGUUGCAAAUUCGACAUCGGUUCGUAAAAAAACCCAGCACUGUAACAAUGUGUAUUUCUACGAAGCGCCAAACAAGGAAAUUGCAAAAUUGCUGCAAAAAAUAACGAAACAACUCACUCAGGUACAAAACGACGUUAAUAUACUGAAAGGCAAUAACACUUCUUCAGAAGGUAAAGCAUUAUCUGGUGUGAUUUUUUUAAUUGUCACUAAUCGACUGCAAAUAUUCAUGUCCUCCGGUUUUUACUUCCGUAAUAAAGAUUACGGACAGUUUGCUACUUCGAUAAAAAUAUUAAUAAAAGAUAAAAUUACCAGUUUAUCAAAACUUUCAGUAUAGGCAAAACUUGUAUCCUUUUUUUUUUUAGAAAGCGCAAGGAACUCCAGAUCAAGAAUAACUACUGGAUAUAUAUAAAUAGAUGUACUGUUAGAUAUCCCGCAGGAGGGAAACUCGUCAAGAAGAAUUUUAAUAAUCUUUUCUUUGUUACGCUGUCUUGUCUCUCAACAGCUAAGAAGAACUGUGCUGAGCUGUACAAAUCUGGUGAGAAACUCAGCGGUGUUUACACAAUCGACCCUGAUGGUUCAGGAGCCUUCGAUGUGUUCUGUGACCAAAAAACGGCCGGUGGGGGGUGGACAGUGUUCCAAAAGAGACUAGACGGCUCGGUUGAUUUCUACCGUGGCUGGAAUGAUUACAAGCAUGGCUUUGGUAACCUGAAUGGCGAGUUUUGGCUUGGAUUAGACAAGAUUCACCGCCUGACUAAAACCAGGAGCAAGCUUCGAGUUGACCUAGAGGACACUACAGGCAACACUGUUUACGCUGAAUACAACAUGUUUGCAGUUACAAGCGAAAAGACCAAAUACCAGCUUAGUCUCGGAGCUUAUUCAGGUAAAGAUCUGAUUUGAUUUGCUGGUUUGUUGGCUGUUCCUCAGUCUUCUUCGAUUGAAAAUCUUUUAUUCAUUUCAAAACAUAUGGUAUGUUUUGAAUAUGGGUGACCAUGAUAAGUCCAAUAGUCAAGGCCAGCUAAGUCGGCUUUCCCUCAGGGGCACCCAACAACGGUUUCCUCCUAAAUGCAUUGAAAACACUUUUUAGGCUAUCCAGAGUACCUUUAGAUCGUUAGAGAAGCAUUCUGUGUGGCGCUGUAAAAUCUGUAUCUAUUCGGUCAUCCUAGGAGAACUUGAGUUUUUCGAAAUUACAAGGGCUUAAGUAUUAUUUUUCCGAAAAUUUUUGAUGAAAUUUAACGUAUUACUAAAGUGAGACAUUUUCCUCUCUCCAACACAUCUUUGAAUCCGAAAAUUUUAGGUUUCCUUUUUUCUAGGAAAAAUAACGAAAAAAAAAAUUAACCUUCAGAAAAUCGUAGGGAAUUUAUUAGAUAAUUUUCCAAAAUUGUACAUGAAUGGAACGGUCAUCUAGAAAUCAGGGGCACCCAACGACAAUUUUCGGGAAAAUAUCUGUUCGGAAGACGAUUUGAGAUCUAGAAUUUUCGGAACAUUUGUUGUAAAAUUUCUUGCUUGCCUGCUUCUCCUAGGAUUUUCGAACAUCUAAAAUAUGGUAUAAUUGCCUAUUUUUAACGGAUUUUUACCCUAAAAAGGUCACCUAGAAUUUUCGGGAGCCCUUUUUCUGGCUGAAAUUUUCGAAAAGGUAAGUUUUGAUCCCUAUAAUGUUCGGAUAACUAGACUUUCAGCUAGGAAAUCCGAACAGAUGAAAAAUUUUUAGGGGAUAAAAAUAUGCCUAUAUCUACCGUUUAAAUACCAAAAUACGUUUAAAAAUGCUAUGUUUUAGUGGUUUUGAACUACAUUCUCGUUGGGUGCCCCUGAGAAAUUUUUAGCCUUCCCCAAGUAAUAGAAAAUUCUAGGCAAUAUUUGCUUCUUCGAACAGAUAUUUUAAAGAAACAAGUCGUUGGGUGCCCUUGUUCCCUGCCCUCCUUUUCUAACAUUAAUUGUAAAAGUCUCGUGUUUUAUUUCCUAGAAACUGCAGGGGACUCUUUUUCUUAUCAUCGUGGCCGUGCAUUCUUAGCACCAGUCCAUUGUAGUUAUUUUCGCUAAGUCUGAUUCCCUACCCUCCAAUUGUGCCUCGUCCACUGUUGGAUUAUAUUUUUUAACAGCAAUGUUAAAAUUCGCGUGUUUUUUUCUUAGGAACUGCAGGAGACUCUUUUUCUGGUCAUCGUGGCCAUGCAUUCUCAACCAAAGACCGAGAUAAUGAUAUCUCGUCAGGCAACUGUGCUGUUACCUAUAAAGGAGCCUGGUGGUAUGGCAGUUGUCAUAGCUCCAAUCUGAACGGUUUUUAUCACCAUGGGAAACACUCAUCAUAUGCUGAUGGUGUCAACUGGCGUGCAUGGAAAGGAUAUCACUACUCUGCCAAGCGAGCUGAGAUAAAAAUCAGACCAGUGAGCUUGUAG